AAGUAGCAAAUUCAAAAUUCAAAAUAAAGAGGGGGAAAAGGCAAACCCUGCUGUCGGUGCAGUGCCGUUGCAACGGGGAAAUGCUUUACUUUACGCUCCCCAAAUACUAGUUGUUGAAAUUCAUCACUGUUUUCUCUACCACUCUCUUCGUUGAAAUCAAUCAGCGUUUAACAAUGGAGAAAUACGAGAAAUUGGAGAAAGUAGGAGAAGGAACGUACGGCAAAGUAUACAAAGCAAAGGACAAAGCAACGGGUCAAUUGGUGGCGCUGAAGAAAACUCGGCUAGAAAUGGACGAAGAAGGGAUCCCACCUACUGCUCUAAGAGAAAUCUCUCUUCUUCAAAUGCUUUCCAAUUCUCUCUACAUCGUUCGUCUCCUCUGUGUCGAGCAAAUUGAUAAAAAUGGGAAGCCUCUUCUUUACCUUGUUUUUGAGUAUUUGGAUACUGAUCUGAAGAAAUUCGUUGAUUCUCAUCGUAAAGGUCCCAAUCCUAGACCUCUCCCUCCUUCUCUCAUCCAGAGUUUCUUAUAUCAAUUGUGCAAAGGGGUCGCUCACUGCCAUAGCCAUGGAGUUCUCCACAGGUCUAUUUUAGUCACCGGUCCUUUAUGUUUUUUGCAAUGGGAUAGAUUAGUAGAUUUGAAGCCGCAGAACCUAUUAGUGGACAAAGAGAAGGGCAUACUUAAGAUUGCUGAUUUGGGUCUUGGAAGGGCUUUCACUGUCCCAAUAAAGAGCUACACCCAUGAGAUUGUUACUCUAUGGUACAGAGCUCCUGAAGUCUUGUUGGGAUCUACUCAUUACUCAACUGCGGUUGAUAUGUGGUCUGUGGGAUGUAUUUUUGCCGAGAUGGUUCGAAGGCAGGCCUUAUUUCCUGGUGACUCUGAGUUUCAGCAAUUGCUUCACAUAUUCAGGUUGUUAGGAACCCCAACUGAGAAGCAGUGGCCUGGAGUGAGUUCACUCCGCGACUGGCAUGUUUAUCCAAAAUGGGAACCUCAGAACUUGGCCUCUGCUGUUCCGGCAUUGGGUCCUGAUGGCGUGGAUCUCCUCACGAAAAUGCUCCAAUAUGAUCCGGCAGAUAGGAUUUCAGCAAAAGCUGCACUUGAUCAUCCAUACUUUGAUAGCUUGGACAAGUCUCAAUUCUGAGGUUGCUUCUAAUGCUCCAAUAUGCUCCAACAUCCAUAUUUUAGUUCUUAGGACGUUCUCAGUCCUGAAGAAUAUCAUCUUCUUGGUGAUUUGAAGUCUGCAUUGUAAUCUUGUCGACUUUCAUAUUUUACUGUAAUGAUCCAGCUUUUCUAAAGUCCUUCUAAAGGCCUGUUUUAUGGUCAAGUUUCAUGUAGUUCAAAUGCUAUGAGGAAAAAAAAGUUUUCUUUUUGCUGAUCUUAAGGUCCAAACCAAUGCUCUACUGAACAUUGGAAAGUGUAUUGGUUGUUAAAUGUUUAGCUUUACUUAUAAACAGGCAUUGUUUUACUA